GGUGCAGCAGUACAGUGAUGGUGUAUGCCCAGUCCUCAAACACAGCUGGUGUCAAUCCCUCCCUCUACUCUCCAUCUUUCACGUAUCAGAUGUCAUUUAACUACUCUGGGAGGGAGAACUCGACUGUCCUGGCAACCUUACCCACAACCCCCCUCUGCAGCCUCGAGGGCUCGUCCGCCGGCCAGCCGAACAAGACCUCCGCCUCCUAUGAGCUGACCACAGGCGAGGUCGCCGUCCUGGGCUUGGUUUUCGGCGUCCUCUGGUUGGUCUCCAUCCUGGGAAAUGCCCUCGUCUGUCUGGUCAUCCACCGGAGCCGCCGGACUCAGUCCACCACCAACUACUUUGUGGUUUCUAUGGCCUGCGCAGACCUGCUCAUGAGCCUCGGCUGGGCGCCUUUCAUCCUGCUGCAGGUCGUGUCAGGACGAUGGCCGCUGAGCGCCGCCGCCUGCAAGGUUGUGCGCUACCUGCAGCACCUCUGCCCGGGUGUGCAGGUCUACGUUUUGCUUUCCAUCUCUGUAGACCGUUUCUACACAAUCGUGUACCCGCUCAGCUUCAAGGUGUCCAGAGAGAAGGCGAAGAAGAUGAUCCUGGCCUCGUGGCUGUUUGACGCAGCCUUCGUGUCGCCUUGCUUCUUCUUCUACGGCUCUACGGACAACAAUCAUUGUGACUUUUUCCUUCCGGACAGCUGGGGCAGUAUAGCCUACGCCGCCGUUCACCUCCUGUUUGGUUUUUUGGUCCCAGUCGCUCUGGUUGUAUCAUUCUACCAGCGGGUCGUCC